ACUUCGACUGUCUCUGUAUCUUCUCCACGACAAUCUGGAUAAUAAUUGAAAAGCAGUUCGUCUAUCGCGCAAUCCGAAUUCAGUGAUUCAGGAUCGUAUACAGUCGGACGGCAUCUCCGUGCGUGUGCUUAUCUCUUGACCUGUAUCUCUCGAAGCAAAGAAUGGUGGCAAUGGGCGGGGGUCCAGAAACUCCACAACGUAGCACCGGAGAUGGCGAAGGGAGUCGCGAUCUGUUGCUGGCUGUGCUACCAUGGCCCGAAUCAGAACCGCAGCAUACCAUAGCGAAGAUCAAGGAAGACUUCCCAAACCUUGACGUUCAUUACGUCCAGGACUAUCUAAACAAAGCUGACAGAGGGAAGACAAAUGUGCCUGAAGAACUCUACAAACGUGCGAAGUAUCUUGCAACACUCAGUUGGCUCCCUCCCACUCCAGAUGUAGUUCCCGACCUGAAAUUCAUUCAAUUCUUCUCGGCGGGCUCAAAUCAUGUCGCAAACCAUCCCAUCUACACCGACUCCAAGAUACCGUUGACCACGGCAUCAGGAAUCCAUGGCCCGCAGAUCGCCGAAUGGGUCAUCAUGAUGGAUCUUGUCCACAGUCACAAGUAUAUUGACCUAUAUGAAGAUCAGAAGAAGAAAGAGUGGUCUCAACCUAGAGGAUUCGGGGUACGAGAUGCAGUAGGAAAGACGGUCGGUGUUCUUGGUUAUGGCAGCAUUGGACGGCAAGUGGCGCGCGUUGCCAAAGCCAUGGGAAGCAAUGUCAUUGCGUUCACCGCUUCGCCCAGACGAACGCCCGAAUCAAAGAAAGACAAUGGAUUCAUUGUUCCCGGCACAGGCGACCCAGAUGGUAGCAUUCCCUCGGCGUGGUACAGCGGUCUAGACAAAGAGAGCCUUCACGAAUUCCUCAAGCAAAGAGUUGAUCUUUUGGUCCUUAGUGUGCCCUUGACAAAGGAGACGACGCACUUCAUAGCUGCAGAUGAAUUUGCAAUCCUCGAGGAAUCCAAUCCUCACGGCACCUUUAUUGCCAACAUUUCUCGAGGCGGCAUUAUCAACCAGCCAGAUCUCAUCAAAGCACUCGAAACCAAACAGAUCCGAGGUGCAGCCCUCGACGUGACUGAUCCUGAGCCCUUGCCCAAAGACGACCCAUUGUGGGAUGCACCCAAUGUGCUCAUCACGCCGCAUAUCAGUGGCAGUAGUGUCGCAUACGCUGAUCGGGCUUUCCAAGUAUUGCAUGAGAAUCUGAGGAGGGAUAGGGAUGGAGUACCGCUAUGCAACUUGAUUGAUCGGAAGAGAGGGUAUUGACAUAUGCCAGCAUCAAUAAAUUGAGCUGUACAUAGAUUAAUCGAUACGUACAUCAUCAUGGCUCCA